CACCUUGAAAGAAAGCUUGCAUGCAAGGUGACAGGAAAAUUAAAAGAAACGAUUAUUUCUUUGACGAAGGAUGUUCAUGAAUUGAAAGCCAGUGGACUACAUAAGGCUCUGAUGCAGAAUGAUAUCGAUAGUCAAACGCUAAUUCAAAUUUUGAUUACCGCUUCAAAUGAAGAGAUAUGUGCGUUAAAACAAACGUACAGAAAAUUAUUUGGUGUAGAACUUGAGCGGGAUAUUGAAAAUAAUAUAAGUGGAGAUUUUCGGUACCCUCUAAAGCUCAUAUUACAAGGCAAACGGGAGAGAAGACUAGCUAUCCGUGGAGGAAAACUUGAAGAGGAAAUUUAUAUGCUCUCCCUGGGCAAGGAAGAGUGGGAUAUGCCAAAAGAAGUUGUGUUUUCAUAUAUCCUCUGCUCAAGAAGUUUUCAACAUAUCAAAGCACUCGCCAAAGUAUAUGCUUACAAGUCAAAGGAAACCCUAAUUGAAACAAUUCAGAGGGAAACGACUGGUCAUUGUUGUGAGAUGCUGGUGUCAAUUGUUCAAUACGCUUUGGAUCCUCUGCUUACAUAUGUGAAAUGGAUACGUGAAUCUAUAGACGCCAGCGGAACAAGGCAUAAAGAUCUCUUUCGCUUAAUUCUGAUUAGAGCUGAGACUGAUCUAGAGAAUAUCAAGGCGGAAUAUCUGAGAUUGACCGGGAAAACUUUGAGCACUGCCAUCCGAUCAGGAAUCCCCGAGGAUUAUAAAGACUGUCUAAUUGCUAUUGUUGAAGGAAACAAGCAUUCUUGA